AAACAUUCAAAACCUGAAAUUUGAUGUCGAUAAGUUUUUUGUCAGUUGAGCAAUGAAAUGGAAAUCGAUGAUAUUAUUCAAGAUAAAGCAACCAAAACGAUUUCGUCAUCUUCUAAUAAUUACAACCAAACAUACCGUGGACUAGGAUAUGAGUUUUUUGAAUCUAUGCAACAAAAUAAAGACAAAAUUGCCCAGUAUAUUGCUGAAACUGGGGAAACUGAUACCUACCAGUCUUUUUUAAAUCGUUCAAUACGCACAGCUUUACAUUUAAAAACAAGAAACCUUAACAAAAACGACGUGGUUUGUUUAUGCUCAUACAACCAAAAGCAUAAUUGCAUACCAUUGAUUGCCUGUACCUUUUUGGGAAUACCUACAGCUUCACUUGAUCCUUCUUUUACCAUAAACGAUGCCUCACAUCUCAUCAAGCUUAUAAAGCCAAAGAUAUUUUUCAUUGUACCAGAAGUGAUUGAUAUGAUAACAGAAGCAAUGCAAAUAGCUGAAUUGGAUUCUGAAGUGGUUAUAUAUGGCGACACUGAAAAGUUUACUUCGUUUAAUGAUUUUUUAGCAGAACAUCCUGAAGAAGACUCUUUUAGGCCAGUUAUAAUAGACGAUUUAUCUGAAACAGCAAUAAUUUUCUUUAGCAGUGGCACAACAGGUUUGCCAAAGGGUAUUUGCAGCAACCACAGAGCAAUUUAUCACCAAGGAGUUAUUAUGAAUCAUUUGGGUAUACUUGGCAAUGAUGCAGUAGUUCUACUAUUUUCAACCUUAUAUUGGAUAUCAGCAUUACUCACAUUAACUGGCUGCAUAUUAAAAGGCAGCGCCCGAUUGGUUUGCAAGGAAUUUGAUCCUAUAAAAACUUGGUAUUUGUUGGAUAAAUAUAAAAUAACAUAUACAUUCCUCGCUCCAAUCCAAGCCUAUAGAAUGCUAACAAUUGGCCGUCCAGAUGGAAUAGAUACAACUAGUUUAAAUUUAGUUAUAACCGGCGGUGCCCAUUUUGCCUCAGAGCAAUUACACAAAUUCAGAGAUCUUUUACCAGGCACUUUUGUGAGUCAAGCAUACGGCUGCACCGAAUUGUCUGGAUUCGGUAUCGCGUUCAAUUUGACCAAAACCAAAGACAGGCUGUUGUUGCAUUACAAACCUGAGUCUUGCGGUAGACCUAUACCUGGAUUACAAUACAAAGUUGUAGAUCCAGAUUCUGACAACCAUUGCGGCUUCAACGAGCGUGGAGAGUUGAGAAUUAAAUCUAAUUGUAUUAUGAGUGGAUAUUAUCGGCAGAAUUCGGACACUGCAUUUGAUGGUGGAGGUUGGUUGAGGACAGGAGACGUGGUUUUUUAUGAUGAGAAUUUCUGUUUUUAUAUCGUCGACAGGAUUAAGGAGAUGUUGAAGUUUAGGUCGUGGCACGUGCCUCCUGCAGCACUGGAAAUGGUACUCCAAGCACAUCCUGCCAUUAAGCAAUGCAGUGUUAUUGGAAUCCCAGAUGAAGUUGACGGCGAUUUACCUUUAGCGGUGAUAGUUUUAAACAAUAAUUACACUGUUACUGAAGAAGAUAUUAAAGAGUUUGUGGCCGAAAGGGUUAACGAUACUCACAAGCUUAGAGGGGGUGUUAAGUUUUUGGAAUCCCUACCAGUGACGCCUUCUGGUAAAGUCAAGAAAAAGGAGAUUAGGGAUUUGGUACUUAGAGGGUCAAUUUAAAACAAUGUAGUUUCACUUAACAAUAAUAUUUACUUCAAUAAAACCUUUUGAAAAC